UGUGGCUUGUAUAUUGUAAAACCUUUUGCCUGGACCAUGUUUCAAGUUGAGAGAACUCCCAGCAGAGAGUGCCUGUGGAAUACUUCGUUAUCUUGGGUAGACAAAUGCCAUUUUUCCAUCCAAUUUUGCUCCUGGCUUCCGGUGUUCUUGUGCUACUAUAUUGUAUCCAGCAUACUAUUGCCUAUUGUGUUCCCCUAAUGCCUACGAAAAAUUUGUUGAACAGAUAAUUCGGAGUUUGCACAGGCAGGAAUGGGCUACGUCUUGUGUACUAGGGUCCCAGUUGCUCCCUGAAAAUGCCUCCUUUGACAUUACACAGGCACCCAAUGUGUGCUGAUAUUAUUGAACUGUUCCAAAAGUGUCAUGUUGACCAUCCUGAUGGAAAAUUCUUUGGAGAGUGUACAGACCUGAAAAUUAAGCUCGACCGUUGUUUCAGGGAAGAAAAAGCCUUAAAGAGAAAGGAGAACUUUGAGCAGAGUAAGAAGCUGAAGGAGAGGCUGCAAGCUCACAGGAGGGAAACUGCCGAGUAAAGCCAAGAAUAAGUACUAAAUUUGUGUAAUGUGAUAAUAAGAGGCCGUUUGGUAGUGUUCAUAAAAAACGUUUCUAGCGUUUGUGAGUAUUAUUUUAUGUACAUGUAUUCAAACAUCAAAAGUUACAUCGAUUAAUAAAGUUGAAGGAAAUCAAUUCUGGAGAA